AUGUCAUCAAACGAACAGCAAAAACGUGGAUCUGAAUCUAACAAGAAUACUUCUGUUGUUGAAAAUUCUCCUGCUAUGAAUUCAAUAAAUGGUGAGACGAAUAAAACCAAACAAAUUAUUUGGGGUUUUCAAGACCCAAAUACUCCACGCGUUAACUGCGGUGCUGUACUCACCAAUAUGCCAUCAAAACCAAAAUUGGGAAUUUGGACUCCAAACCCUGAGAAAAAGGAGUAG